UUGAGUCGGUUCUAGUUUGUAUUAAUUGGACGAGCGGAGCCGCAGGAAGAACGAGGAAGAACGAGGCGCGCGCGGUACCCGCGGAUAACCGACCGGAAGAUGCGCGUUGAUGCGAGCAGCCCAAACAGAAAAACGCGCGCCGAUUCGUGACGGUCUUAUUGUGUCCGCGAUGCUCCAAUCUUAGCAGGGGGGGUGGGGGGUCCGGGGGGGGGGAGAAGAGCUGCUUUCGACGAGGAUGCAUCAGACGGCAACUGCGCAGGGAUGCCUCCGCGGAACGUCGGACAAAAAAAGGGCGUCUGUGACCACGACGGGGGCUCCUUCCUCUCUGCUCUGAGCGCGGGCCGCCUGCACGGAACCACCGCGACGCGCGCGCCGCCCCGUCCGCGGCCACCAGGAGCGUUGCGCAGUGCAGUUGAAAAACAAAACAAAACGGGCUUUUCGAUUUGGACUUCCAGAGUACGCGAACCUAAUGGGCCGCCGUGCAACCGGGCAUCGGGGUCCCAGUGAAGGCUGAACGCUGUCCGGCCGGGGAGUGCGUCGUCGGGGCACGGUCGAUGCGAGGAGCUUACGGUGUCCGGUGGUGAGAGCCACCACUGCGAGGGGCACAAAUGAGAAGCAAACAAUACCAUCAACCGCUGAAGUUGACAGCGCCUUGGGAGAAAGAUGCUGGCUUCGGGAGGAAGCUUAAAACCUACAGGAAUCACACCAAGAUAAUAGCGCAGCCCGGGAUCGUGAUGAAAGUCCUCCGCAGGAAGAGGAUUGUGUUAUUCAUGGCCUACUUCUUGCUGCUGCUCUUCACUAUGCUCAACUUGGCCAAUUAUAAAUGGACCAAAGUGCCGCAGCAGUGCAAUCACCAACUGAGGAGCACCACUUAUCAAAGCAGGUCGGACAUUCGCUACCUGUACAGGCCCUCGUUGGCUAAAAAGAGGCAGCUCAUCUACGUUCUGACCACCUGGAGGUCGGGCUCGUCCUUCUUCGGGGAGCUUUUUAACCAAAACCCUGAAGUGUUCUUCUUGUAUGAGCCGAUGUGGCACAUCUGGCAGAAACUGUACCCGGGUGAUGCAGCGUCUUUGCAAGGGGCGGCCAGGGACAUGCUCAGCUCCUUGUACCGCUGUGAUCUGUCUGUGUUCCAACUUUACAACAGCCCCGGGGGCAAGAAUUUUACCUCCCUGGGACUCUUUGGGGCCACCCUCAAUAAAGUGGUAUGUUCAUAUCCCCUCUGCUCAGCCUACAGGAAGGAAGUGGUGGGGAUGGUGGACGAUAAGCUGUGUAAAAAGUGCCCCCCUCAAAGCCUUAGACUGUUGGAGGAGGAGUGCCUCAAAUACGGCACCAUAGUCAUUAAAGGGGUUCGCAUUUUGGACGUUAACGUGCUGGCCCCGCUCAUGGAGGAUCCAUCCUUGGAUUUGAAGGUGAUACACCUGGUCAGAGACCCGCGGGCAGUGGCCAACUCCAGGAUCAAAUCAAGACACGGCCUGAUAAGGGAAAACCUACAGGUGGUCCGCAGCAGGGAUCCCAAACUACGCCGGAUACCUUUUGUGGACCCGAGUCACAAAGCCAACAAGAAGGACGGCGCGGACUACCACUCCAUAGGAGCCAUGGAGGUGAUCUGCGACCGCACCUCCAGGACUUUGAGGACUGCCUUGAACCCACCCAGCUGGCUGAAGGGAAAGUACAUGGCGGUGCGGUACGAGGACCUGGUCGACAGCCCGGUCAAGACCCUGCGGAGCAUCUACCGCUUCUCCAACCUCACGGCCAACCGCGACAUCGAGUCAUUUGCGCUCAACAUGACCAGUGGCUCCAGCUCGUCCUCGAAGCCGUUCAUAGUCUCGUCCAGGAACGCCACACAGGCCGCCACCGCAUGGAGAACGGUUCUCAGCAUUCAGCAGAUCAAACAAGUGGAGGACUACUGUCACCAUGCCAUGUCCGUCCUGGGCUACGAAAGAGUCAGAACCUCCGGGGAGGCCAAGGACUUGAGCAAAUCACUACUGACUUACUCCAAACUGUGAAAACCUACUUUUCCACCAAAGAUUGAUUUGACGUUCAUUUUGCAUCGAGUGCCGUUUCCCCUUUUAUUGUGGAAUUAAAGCUUUACUUUAACUCAUUGUUUGAGGAGCUCCGCUGGCCAGAUUUGGAAUGUAUCGUGUUUCUCUCUGCUGUGGAAUUUGAAGGGACCACUUCUUUUAUACUGAAAUAUUGGAUGUGUUUGACAAUGUGAACAAUGACUUAAUUAGUUGAACCUGCAACGGUGGGAAAAAAAAAAGUACAUUCAUGUAUGUAGUUAUGAUGACACUUCAAAGUGCAUAUUCUGAGGUUAUUUUUGAAUGUUCCAAACCUUACAAAAAAACAGUUUUUUUUCAGCCUCCAUACUGUCUGUAAAAUUGAAAAUAGUUGACAGAAAGAAAAAAAAGAAAGAAAAAAAAAGAUUAAAAAAUAGCUCAUUGCUAAUGUGUAUUUGUCAGAUCUGGUUUCAUUCAAAGUAAAUCAAUUAAUUGGUUUGUUGCUGUGCCAUAAGUAGAGAGGUGUGAUGACCAGGCUACAUCAGAACGGCAGUAGUGCCAUUUCUAGAUUGAAAAAAAAGAAGAAGUUGUUUUGAUUUCUGUCAUUAAAUCCUGGUAGGAUGAUGUCAUGCUCUGUGGAUGAUGUCAUGGCUCUCUCUCUCCGUGUAACCAUUCUGUUCUACAUUUUGAAAUGUUUACAAUUGCUUGCUCUUAUGAAAACACAUGAUCUGGGAUUAUUGCAUCAAGUAAAGUUCACAGUUACCGAGGAGGUUCAUGCGUCUGUGUUGAACAAUCCAUACUGCUGUACAGUACAUGUCGAAAUCCCGAUCAGAAACGUAAGCCCCGGACCAGUGGCUCUCAAAGUGUGGUGCAUGAGGCAAAGUCAAAUAAAAUCCAACGCGGAGAGCCACUGGCCUUAAUCAAUACUAUUUUAUCAAAAGAAAACGUGCGCUAUUAACGUGUCUUUUUAAGAGGUUUGUAAUCAUUUUGUUCUUCACUUAUGAGAUUUUUCAAGGCAUCCAUUAGUUCAGUGCAUUACGCAUCACUGUGCCUUCCUUUGUCGCUUGAGAACCAUUGUGCAGGAAUAGCAUCACACGUCUCGCUGUUCGCUGUAACUUAACUUAAAGGUGCCCCCCUGUGGAGUUUCUGUUUGCAUUCAGCUUUUCUCGGCCCAACACAGCAUGUGCAUUCUUGAGGUCUAAGUAACGUGUUGAUUGCAUUUCAUUCCUCAUAAAACAAUUGCAAGCAACUAUGAAAUCUGCAUUGUUAACUUCAAGGUUUACUUUUUUUUUGGUGAUUUGUUGCUAAACGUCUUAUACCGUGGAACCAUUGAGAGAAAUGUGUGUCCCGUCAUCCACUUGAAAUGAAAUGAAAAGCAUGAGAAGAAACAACAAAAGACACCACA